GGUGGCGACCGGCGACAUGAUGCUCAAAUAGUUCACUUCACCAACCAAAUAACACGAACACUCAGCAAACGGAAGACAAAGAGAGAUAUAUAGGUGGAAAAUUUGAAGAGAAAGAGGGAAAUACAAAAAUGGCAGAUAUUCCUCGAGUGAAGCUAGGAAGCCAAGGCCUCGAGGUUUCCAAGUUGGGAUAUGGGUGUAUGGGUCUCACCGGAGUGUAUAACGCUCCUGUUACCGAAGAGGUUGGCAUCUCUCUGAUCAAGCACGCUUUCAGCAAAGGGAUCACCUUCUUUGAUACUGCAGAUUUUUAUGGAGCCCAUGCCAAUGAAGUUUUGGUCGGAAAGGCGCUCAAGGACUUACCUCGAGAUCAAGUUCAGAUUGCCACGAAGUUUGGGAUUGUUAGAAUGGAAUCUGAUAAUGUCAUAGUUAACGGUAACCCUGAAUAUGUUCGAUCCUGUUGUGAGGCUAGCCUCCACCGCCUUGGUGUCAACUACAUUGAUCUCUAUUAUCAGCACCGUAUUGACACCACAGUACCCAUUGAGGACACUAUGGGAGAGCUUAAGAAGCUGGUUCAAGAGGGAAAGAUAAGGUACAUAGGACUAUCUGAAGCUAGUCCUGACACAAUUAGGAGGGCACAUGCUGUUCAUCCUGUGACUGCUGUGCAAAUGGAGUGGUCCCUUUGGACUCGUGAAAUUGAACAAGAUAUUGUUCCACUUUGCAGGGAACUUGGAAUUGGAAUAGUACCAUACAGUCCCCUUGGCCGAGGAUUUUUUGGCGGCAAGGCUGUCACGGAAAGUAUACCUGCAGACAGUUUUCUGGCAAUCCAACCAAGGUUACAAGGGGAGAACUUUGACAAGUGCAAGAUCUUAUAUUCUAUGAUAGAAAAGUUGGCACAGAAGCAUGGCUGUACAUCUUCACAACUUGCUCUUGCAUGGAUUCUUCAUCAAGGAGAUGAUGUGGUACCCAUCCCUGGAACAACUAAGGUAAAAAAUCUCGAUAGUAAUAUCGGUUCAAUUGAAGUGAAGCUAAGCAAAGAUGAAUUGACGGAGAUGACAGAUGCUGUAUCAAUAUCUGAGGUGGCAGGGGAACGGACUACUGAAUCUUUUGUUAAAUGCUCAUGGAAGUUUGCAAAUACUCCUGCAAAAGCAUAGCUCGAUACCAAUUAUGCACCUCAGAACUCAGAUAAUUUCUUAUCAUUUCGGUCUCUCUGCAUGCCUCCCAAAUUUAAACUUAUCUCAGUAAAACUAGUUGUUGUUGGUCUGAUACCGGGUAUCUCCCAAAACAUAUGAUACUUAAUUAUGUGCUUGUUAUUAAAUGGUGAGACAGAGCAGUGGAAUCUGAAUCCAAGAUUUUCCUUCACGUGUUA